ACCAGAACCAUGAUCAACGGGUUUGCUCCGGCGUCUGUCGCUGGCUGUCGUCGUGACGGCGUGCUGCCGUUUCCUCUGGAACUUUUUUCGCCGGUGCAUAUAGACGCUAUGAGGUUUCCCGGCGGUCGGGCCCCCGCUGCGCCUCGGAGCAGCGUAGGAGUUGCAACACCGGCCGACAGCCCAUCUCGCCGAGCGAUCAAAUCCGCUCAGGCAUACUCCAGUACGAUCGAUUUGUCACCGACGACACCAGCGCAACCAUCUCCAAAGAAGACUUUCGAUCCCAGCCUUGUCAAAGGCCCCCCAUUCUUUUGCUCGCUCUGCAAAAAGACGCUGGCCACAUCUUCGUCGUGGUCGGCGCAUUUGACAAGCGAGCAGCACACAAGCGCUGAGCGAGCCAAUGCCGAGCGAACUGUGGCGAGCAACAGCGAAGCCUUACAGUUCUUGACCGGAAGCUCGCAAAAGUCGGCCACCAUUGCUCCCGCAUCCUCGCCGCGGAUCGAAUUUCCACCCGAGUACGCCGCGCGAAUGAAGCAGCUCGAAAAAAUACAGGCCUCCAAUCCAUCGAUGGCGGCAACUGUCCUCUGGGCUACAUGCUAUGAAUUGUUCAAGAACGGGUUCGAUCUGGUACUGGUGUCCGAGUGUUUGGUGAAGAUCAUUCCCGUCCUUGAAGACCUCGACCAAAGCCCCGAGCCAUCAUCGCCAACAGCAUCGAAGCCGACAGGCGGGGCAGCGUCUCUGACAAAAGCACAAGUCUGCGAGACGCUCUUCCUGGCUCGGCUGGCGUUAGCCAGAAUAGCUCGAUUUGCCUCAGCUUCAAAAGAACUGGAGAAGGCAUCGACACAAUUUUACAUGGAUGCCCUAGCGCGAUUUGGCUUGCCGUACACCAAGUUGGAUACACUGGCAAUCAACGCGCAGGAUCUCGGAACCACGUUUGAGCAGCACAUUGCCCCUGCGCUGGCAUCCGGAUCGACCAAACUUGUGCAGAAGUUUGAAAUGGUGGCCACAGAGGCAGCAGAGUAUUGCAGCCUCACGGGCCGGAUCGAGCUGGCAGCAUCAUUAUAUCGCUGGGUUCUGUGCUCCAAGCUUGAAGGGUCCCAGAGCCGUGACGCUCAGGACGCAUUUGAUGCUCUUGCGAAGCUGCAUCUGUCAGGCGAAUCCAAGUGGCUGGCAGCCGACGUAUUGCUUGAGGCAGCCGAGUACGACAAGCAGCUGAAGCGCGAUGUCCGAGGCGAUCAAGCUGGCUGCCGAGCCAUGCGCUUGCUUGGUGAAGCCAUUUUGGUCUCACUUGAAUGCGAUGAUCCUAUCCGAGGUCUGCGCAUCGAGAAGCUCAUCUGCGACACGUCAAGCUCGAAUAGACCGGCAGACGUUCAGUUCCUGAUGGACAUCUCAGCGGCCAUCCGACAGAGGGACCAUCGUCGGCUGGAGAGUGAAAGGCUUUUGGAGGAAUGGAGUGAGAUAAUUGGCGAUGGGUCGUCUUGCGCCCUCGUCCCCGAGUUGUGGCCGCGAGUAUCCAACAUGAUCACAACCGCGGCGUGGUAGAUUUAACCUGUUACAGUCAAUCCAAUAAAAAAUGGGACACCUUGGUUUUUGGUCAUUGACCGAAGAA